GUCGUGUGUGUGUACUGUUUUCCAGCGACCGAAAAAAAAAAUGCAAUGGACUAAAUCAACCAAAUUUUUCAAAUAUCAAAAGCUACUUUUGUUCACUUUACUUGUUUCAAAGCUUGGGAACUAUGUACAGACUAGUUAGCGGUAAUAGCAGGGUUGUGAAAAAGACCUUGAGUCCUCUUCUUUCGGCCAACCGUUAUGCUUCAUACAAUUUACCUUCCAUUCCUCAUUUAGAUAGUUUAAGAUACAGUAAGGAAGAUUUCCAUGGAGUUUACACCAAUAAAGCCAUAAAUGAAUUAUGGUUUAAAAGAGGACAACAAUUGACCGAUGGCUUAAACCAACUAUUAGAAGAAAAUGGUAUUAAUGAUCCACCAGCUGACUUGAACGCUUUGAUUACUUUGACUUUUAAUAAGCCUGAAUUAUAUGGUGUUUAUUCAUACGCUUCGUUAUUACAUAAUUUACAAUUCACAUUAGAAAGUUUAAAGCCCUUAGAUGAAUCAACUAGCUCAAAUAAGAUUAGAAAAUGUCAUCCAAAUGACUUAUUGAGAACACCAAAUGCUUAUGAAAAAAUUAAUAAUGAACCAUUAAGUCCAGAAUUGAGAAAUUGGAUUGAUGAAUCAUUCGGAUCUAUCGAAGAGUUUAAGACUUUAUUUUUAAAUUCUGCUAAAGCUAUUAAGGGUGAUGGCUUAACCUGGUUGGUUGCUAGAGCCGUUAGACGUGAUACUGACUCCAGUCCAAACCAAGAAUAUGAUGAAUUAGCUGUUAUGAAUACCUAUAACGCAGGUAUUGUGGAUGAUGCAUUGAGAUCUGGUCAAAUCACUAAAUUGAAAGAAGAAAAGAAGUAUAAGUUAGCAGCUUUGAAAAAGAAACAUGAAGAAAGGCAAAAAAUUAAAGAAGAAAAUGGUGAAAUUGAUUCUGAAAAUAUUGAAGAUAAUUUAAUUUUGGGUACUGUUGAAGAAGCUGAAGCUUUAAACUCAUUUUCAAAACGUAAAUUAUUACCAAUUUUAGCAAUCGAUGCUUCUAGUAGAAAUUAUUUAAUAGAUUAUGGUGUCUUUGGUAAACAACAAUAUUUAGAUAACGUUUGGGAUGCUAUUGAUUGGAAUGUUGUAGCUCAAAGAUUACCUUCCAAGUUUAAAGCUACUGUUCAAUUAUAA